UUUCCCGUAGCACAAAUGAUGCCAGAACUUAAUGCCAGGGACGGGGGCGGGAGAGGCCCCUCCAGCUGGUGGCAUCUGCGGGAAACCUGAAGGCCUCACUGAAGUGGGGCGUGGGCAGUGAGAACUGGGAGGGUAGGGGGGAAGCACAGGACAGAGGAGCAGCCAAGGGCCCUCCUACUAACGGUGGGGUUUCCAGGGUAAAAUCUGCUCCGCUUGGGCUCAUUGAGGUCUGCAUGCUUCAGCUCACCUGUUGGUUUGCAGUGGUUACUGAGCCUCUGUUCUGCACCAGGCCUCGUGGUGGCUACAAGGCAUACAGUUUAGGGCAGAGGUCAGCCGGGGGAGGCCCUUCCAAGGGAUCCUGGAGGCAGUGACCCUAAAAGACAAGACCUGAUGAGGAGGUUGGGGGAAAGAUGUAUUCCAGAACAAGAACAACCCGUGCAAAGGCCCUGGGGCAGGAGCGGGCUGGGCGUACUCAAGGACCACGAAGGCCCAUGUGGGGUGAGGUGAAGCAGAGGCUGAUGGCACAGAGCCUUCGGUACAGGGCGUGGUGCUCCGUUUCCUGGAAGGGUGGCGGGCAGCUAGUGGAGCAGCACCACCCAGUAGCGCAGUGUGCAGCACUGGAAGGAGUCUUGUCCAUGCCGUCCAGCACGGCCGCUACUAUGCCUGUGUGGCUGCUGAGCACUUGAAAUAUGGUCAGUGUGACCAGGGAGCUGAAUCUGGCAUUUUAUGUAAUUAUAAUUAAUAUAAACAGACACGCAUGGCUCGUGACUGCCGCAUCGGAUAGCACAGCUGUGGCGAAUUUUCUGCAGGAGGCAGUGAUAGGAGCCAGGCCCGGAAUAGAGUGAGUGGCUGGACGGAGGCAUGAGCCCCCGGCUACGUGAUUGGGCCCGGUAGCACGCCGUGGGACCCGAGUGUGCGCCCGCACAUGGUUUGGCCCUGCAGUGACCAGAACAGCCCGGGCCGCCACCAUGAUGAAGCUGUUGGUGGCCAAAAUCCUUUGUAUGGUGGGCGUGUUCUUCUUCAUGCUGCUUGGCUCCCUGCUUCCCGUGAAGAUCAUCGAGACGGAUUUUGAGAAGGCCCAUCGCUCCAAAAAGAUCCUCUCACUGUGCAACACCUUUGGAGGUGGGGUCUUUCUGGCCACGUGCUUCAACGCUCUCCUGCCGGCCGUGAGGGAGAAGGUACACGGGACCCAAAGCAUGAGCAUCGAGCAGCCACGAGGAAAGCUGGAGGAGGAGAGGCGCAGACAGCCCCCGCGCUGGACAAGUUUGGUCUGUCUCCAGAAAGUUCUGAGUCUCGGGCACAUCAGCACCGACUACCCACUGGCCGAGACCAUCGUGAUGCUGGGCUUCUUCAUGACUGUCUUCCUGGAGCAGCUCAUCUUGACCUUCCGCAAGGAGAAGCCAUCGUUCAUCGACCUGGAGACCUUCAACGCUGGCUCGGACGCCGGCAGUGACUCGGAGUAUGAGAGCCCCUUCAUGGGGGGGGCGCGGGGCCACACGCUCUACGCGGAGCCCCACCCCCACGCACACGGGCUGAGCGUCCAGGAGCUGUCGCACUCCCGCCCGCUGCGGCUCCUCGGCCUGGUGUGCGCCCUGUCGGCGCACUCCGUCUUCGAGGGCCUGGCCCUGGGCCUGCAGGAGGACGGAGAGAAGGUGGUGAGCCUGUUCGUGGGGGUGGCCAUCCACGAGAUGCUGGUGGCCGUGGCCCUGGGCAUCAGCAUGGCCAGGAGCGCCAUGGCCCUGAGGGACGCGGCCAAGCUGGCCAUCACUGUCAGCGCCAUGAUCCCCCUGGGCAUCGGCAUCGGCCUGGGCAUCGAGAGUGCCCAGGGUGUGCCCAGCAGCGUGGCCUCAGUGCUGUUGCAGGGCCUGGCGGGCGGCACAUUCCUCUUUGUCACCUUCUUCGAGAUCCUAGCGAAGGAGCUGGAGGAAAAGAGCGACCGUCUGCUCAAAGUCCUCUUUCUGGUGCUGGGUUAUGCCGUCUUGGCCGGCAUGGUCUUCCUCAAGUGGUGAACUGCCCAUCCCCCGCCCGCCGGACACAGUCGGUCUCCCACUCCCCCUCCCCCCAAGCGGGGGAGCUCAGGCCCCGGGCUGCCACCUGUGCACAGAGGGGCCGCGCCCCAGAUCCGACACCCUGAGCCUGGGGCACAGCGACCACUUUUAAAAAUACUUCUCUUAAAAUUCUUUACCAAAGCCG